AUGAAGCUCCUAUCCAUCGUAUCUCUCACUGCGCUCUCGCUGGCUGUUGCUGUGCCGAGCACUGGAGCUGCUCCUGUGCCAAACGUGCCUUGGAACCCGGAAAGCAGGGGCAACCAAGUAGCUGCAUGGUGGGACUCCUACUUGAGCUCGGCAGCCUCGAGGCAGUCGCUGGGCCCUGAGGACAUCUGGAGAUCGAGCCGCGACGAGCUCUCGCAGCAUCUAGAUGCCUUCCAUCAGCGUCUGAAUCAGCUCGAUUACCUGAAAAGAUGGGUGCUCAGCAACAAGAUGACGCGAUCCGCGCUGACGACCGAGCAGCGCAAUACCCUUGCGAAGCCUUUUAUGCCUUGGAAGGGCAAGACGCUGUCCAACGUGUACGCGAACCGCCAUGGCAAAGCGCGAGCUUCGUACGGUAGUGCCGAUCUCGGUUUGCUACCGAAGAAAGGCUCAGCGGAUGAGGUCUUUGUGACAUACUAUGCGGAGUUCGAGCCUUGGAUACCCAACCUCGCUUCGUCGCUCUGUGCUCUGCUGGCAGUGGCUAUGCUCCCGCUGCUCCCUCCUGCUCUCUGCACCAGCGACUCGGAGGACGAGUCCGAAGGGUUGGAUUUAUCGCUUCGACUCGGACAACGUCUGGAGCAUCAUGAUGCUGCCUCGCUUGACAGUCCUGCGACCUUAGCAUCAGGCUCUUCUCAUUCUGGGAGGGGUUCUACGCUGCACGAGCUGACGCAGCUGGGACAUGUUCCCGCGCCGCCCUCUUUGUACGAAUCUCAAAUGCUUAAUCGGAUGCAGCAAGCCGCGGCACCCAGCGAGGCGAGCUCCAGCAUGUCUGGCUUUCCGAGACAGGACGCUGACCGCCGCAUAGAGUACGAUAUCGCUCCGAUGAGCUGGAAAAGGUACGCUGACAGGUAUCUCGGCAAGCCAGUUCCUCCUUUCAUUGUCGGCGGCGAAUUUCACCCGCAACAUGCAAUCGCCUUCCAACAGCGAAUCCUCAGCCUCAACACAGCGAAGAACAACCUGGCGGAAGGUCCGCAGGCUCUGCCCGGUCUGAAGGGCAAGACCAGCUCGCUUAGCAUACUCAUCCGCAUAAAUACCGGGACGAGGAGCCAUUCUGCGAGGUCUGAGCCGCAAAAGCUUCUUAUGAUGCGUCUUGCAGUACUGUCAUUCCUGCUAGCGAUCUCGUUGUGCGCGUCUGCUCCCACUGGUGGCAAUGUCGAUCUGACGCUGCGGCUGGGACCCGCUUCGACUCCUCAAGCUGCAAGCGAUGGCUCGACCCCGACGGAUCUGACGCUGCGGCUGGGACCGGCUUAUACUCCUGACUCUCCCGGUACAAGCGAUAGCUCGACCUCGUCGGGUGAAUACGUGGCCGAGCACCCCGUACUAGCGCUGAGGGAUGGACAGCUGCCGAAAGAUCCCACGUUCAUUCCCGCUGAAGGCUCUAUCAGAGCCGCAGUCCAGGACCUUCGUGGUGCUUCCUCGCGCAGGCUGUUCCCGUUUAUCCCACGAUUACGAAAAGUCGAUCCCGGGAACCUGGUGGGGCCCGACGUAAGGGCACGUCGACUCUGGGAAUAUUACACUCGCUAUCACCUCAAUACCCCCGUGCCCGCGGUAAUCCAGGAUGGAAGAUUCCAUGCCCAAGAAGCUCUAUUGCUCCAACGUCGUAUCGAAAGCCUUGUUCGAGCCAAGACUCUCUUUAUCAAAUUGAAUCGAGGAAGAUCAUUCAGCAAAUCCGAGAUGGGAGUGCUCACCAGGCGAUUCUUGAACUGGCGCAAGGUCACGAAGAAUGUUGCAUCUAGUCGCGCCAGCGUAUUUGCACCGAGCAACCUGCGAGCAAAGGUCGCCAUCGACAUCCAGACGUUGCAGCGUGACGAAGAGCUCCUUCGCCGGAUCGCCCAUUAG